ACGAGGCGGCGAUUGGCUGGCAGCCCCGAGCUGCCGUACGUCGGCGGUGACGCACGCCUCGGGGAGGGUGCGCGCGCGUUCAGCGGCCUCUUUGUGUGGUGCCCAGAUAGGGGAGCGGAGGUGGCGACGGCUUUGGUAGUGUUCCAGUCUCCUCGGCUCGCCCUCUAGCCGGCACUUCUCCCCUUCCCUCCCCCUUCCUUUCACCUCCUUCCCUCCCCUUCCCUUCUUCCCUUCCCGUCGGUGACCGACGGUGGCGGCGCCAGCAGCGGCUGGGCCCAAGCUGUGUAGAGGCCGCAGUCAACGAUAACGGCGACGGCGAAACCUCGGAGCUCGCAGGGCGGGGGGAAGGCCCGGGCUGUGGAGAUGGAGAAUUCCCAGUUGUGUAAGCUGUUCAUCGGCGGCCUCAACGUGCAGACGAGUGAGUCGGGCCUGCGCGGCCACUUUGAGGCCUUUGGGACCCUGACGGACUGCGUGGUGGUGGUGAACCCCCAGACCAAGCGCUCCCGUUGCUUCGGCUUCGUGACCUAUUCCAAUGUGGAGGAGGCCGACGCCGCCAUGGCCGCCUCGCCCCACGCUGUGGACGGCAACACGGUGGAGCUGAAGCGGGCGGUGUCCCGGGAGGAUUCCGCGCGGCCCGGUGCCCACGCUAAGGUGAAGAAGCUCUUUGUCGGGGGCCUGAAGGGAGACGUGGCUGAGGGCGACCUGAUCGAGCACUUCUCGCAGUUCGGCGCCGUGGAGAAGGCGGAGAUCAUCGCCGACAAGCAGUCGGGCAAGAAGCGGGGCUUCGGCUUCGUGUAUUUCCAGAACCACGACGCGGCCGACAAGGCCGCCGUGGUCAAGUUCCACCCGAUCCAGGGCCACCGCGUGGAGGUGAAGAAGGCCGUGCCCAAGGAGGAUAUCCACUCCGGCGGCGGCGGCGGCGGCUCGCGGGCCUCGCGGGGCGGCAGGGGCGGCCGCGGCCGCGGCGGGGGGCGCGAUCAGAACGGCCUGUCCAAGGGCGGCGGCGGUUACAACAGCUACGGGGGCUACGGCGGCGGCGGCGGCUACAAUGCCUACGGGGGCGGCGGCGGCUCCUCGUACGGCGGCAGCGACUACGGGAACGGCUUCGGCGGCUUCGGCAGCUACAGCCAGCACCAGUCCUCGUACGGGCCCAUGAAGAGCGGCGGCGGCGGCGGCAGCAGCUGGGGCGGCCGCAGUAACAGUGGACCUUACAGAGGCGGCUAUGGCGGCGGCGGCUACGGGGGCAGCUCUUUCUGAGAAAGAGCUCGCCAGGCCUGGGAGUGGCUCUCGGGUAGCGCUUUUCAGCAGCCCAGCUCGGGGCCACUCCUAAGGCCCGUCCCUUCCCACCGCCUGCCUCCCCACCCUCCAUUUGCCCUGGGGGGAGCCGCUUUGAAGGCUGCUCGUCCUUGGGGGUGUUGCCCUAUUUGCCUGCCACCCCUCUCAUCUCCCUCUGAAGAUGGACUUGGCCCCACAUACACAUUUUUGUGUUACAGUCAUUGAUGGACUCUAUUUUUUUAUUAUUACUUGGACCUUGGUCGUUUUUAUACUAGCAAAAUGUCUUGUUUUACUUUUGUGUUUUUUUUGGGGGGGAGGGAGUGAACUUGCUGAUUCUGUAGCAAAACCUGGGUGGGGUUUUGGGUGGGGGGGGUAGUUCAUUUUGUUGUAAGGACUUGAUACCUGGCUACAGCAUUUUCUAUGAAAUCUACUUGGAUCCCAUGCCUGAAAUUUGAAAGCAUAUGUACAAAAAUCAUUUUUACGUUUUAUUUUUUAAUAAAUCAUUGUGUUUGACCGUACAUGUCUAACAUUUUUUUUUCUAGGAUCCAUUUCGUACCGUUUUAAGGGAUAUUAGUUAAAAUUUUCGUGUUAACUCAAAAUUCUUGAUGUGUACUUAGAAACUUUUAAAGGGUCCUGUGGGUUGUGUUUUGUUUUUUUUUUUUUUUCGUUACCCUGCUAGUGACAUGUUGAAAUUUAGCCUUUACUGGCAAAACUUUUGAAGUGGAUGUGGCUUUUUAAAGUUUUUUGUGCAUCCAUCUCUUGUACUAAGCAAUUUGCUUAUCAUCUUGACAUGAUUAGUCACAUUUCUAUUGAGAAUUUACUUCAAAGUAUGUACUGUGUAGUUCUAAAGAAAUAGUUUGUGUUAAGCAUGUGUUUCAUUCAUAUGAACUGUUUAAAAAUUUUCAGAUUGCCUAGUUUCAUCCUCUUACUGGUCUCUGUAAUGAAUGGUUAAAAGUAAGGGUUCUCUUUUACCCUCAAACUCAAUGCAUUUUUGUAUUUUCAGAGCAGGUUUAAAACCUUUUUUUCCUAAAGCUGAACUGUUGUCCUCAUGGAAAUCCUUCCCCAACCUUUGUAGCACCAUCUACUGGCAGAAUAUCUGCAGAUGAAUUUGUUAAAACACUUGUUUAGGACAAUUGCAUCAGAUGUAGAAGUUUUGCCAUGAGAAAUAUGUGCAGAUUUUGGUUACAUAUUUACUUGUAACUCAGAAGGGCUUUUCAGGAAUGUAGUUAACAUAUAUCACAAUUGCCCUUUCUACAUAAGAUUUGAAAAUGUAAACUGCUAUAUGCAUAGCUUGGGCAAUGACCCCAAAUUGCCAUGACAACUCUUGAACCAGCUACGUGUUCUGGUAUCUUAGGUGCAAGUUGUAAAGCAAAAUAUCUGUAUUCUGCUUGGUUAACAAAUGUAUAUUUGUAGCCCUUUCAUGCAAUAGAAUUCAAGUUGUUGUUUAUUAAAAAAAUAGGAGAAAAUUGCCUUCCUGGAUAGAAAUAUAGAAUAGCAACGUUUAUGGAUAUCGAAAUAAAGAAUUCAAUUCUUUA